UCGUUGUUGUUGAUGGUUGUUGGACGUGUUUUCUAACUUCUAAAUUAACGAGAAGCAAUGAAAUGGCUCAGUCAUUUCAUUUGCUUUUUUCUGAUAACUGCUGGUGUUCAUGGUUUAGGUAACCCAUAUCAAAUUUUAGGAAUACAUAGGAGAGCAACACUACAAGAAAUAAGGAAGGCAUACAAGCAGUUAGCGAAAGAAUGGCAUCCUGAUAAAAAUAGUGAUCCCGCCGCCGAAAAUAAAUUCGUGGAAAUAAACCAGGCAUAUGAGCUUUUAACUGAUCCUGAACGAAGAAAGAAGUAUGACAAUUUUGGGAUAACGGAAGAAACUCCACCUCUACGUCCAAAACGUGAUUAUAGUCAGUAUCGAAGAGACCCAUUUGAUGAUCUCUUUGGCACUCAUGGAGGUAGUUUUAAAUUUCAAUUUCAGGAUCGUGACAUCACUACGUUUCAUCAGCUUAGUGUCACAACUCGGGCUUUUGAGAACAAAAUUGUACCAAAGAGUUUCAGAAUUCCAUAUCUUGUAAUGUUCUACUCGGAUUGGUGCUUUGCUUGUCUGCAAGUGGAGCCAGUAUGGAGAAGAUUAAUAGAAGAAUUGGAGCCAUUAGGAUUUGGCAUUGUUACAGUUCAUUCAGAAAAUGAGCCAAUGCUGACAAAAAAAAUUGGCAUCCAUACACUGCCUACCCUUGUUGUACUGUUGGAUGGGAAAGCUAGUAUUUAUAGAGACUCACUUUUUAGUGUUCAAAAAAUUGUUGAAUUUGUGAGAAGUAGAUUUCCAUAUCGAUUAGUUCAGCCAGUUGAAGAUGAAACAGUCUCCUUAUUUCUGAGUGGUUGGAAAGACAACAGAGUUAGAGCACUUAUAUUUGAGCGCCACGAUUCAGUGAGGUUACGGUACCUAUUAAUGGCAUUUUUCUACAGGGAACGUGUUGCAUUUGGGUUUGUGCAACUGAAUUCUCCUGCCACUGGAUCUGUUCAAAAGAAGUACAAAGUUCCUAGUGAUAUUGAUACUCUAUUGCUUUUCAAUGAAAAUAUUGAUUGUCCGGUUGCAAGUCUGAGCAUGUCAGACAUGCCAAUAAAAACAAUGCAGGAUAUUAUUAAUAGUAACAAAUAUCUAAUGCUUCCCAGAUUGUCUUCACAGGGGAUGUUUGAUGCAUUAUGUCCUCCUGAGUGGUCACGACCAAGAAAGAGACUCUGUGUAGUGCUAGUAUCUCAAGAUACACCAUACCAUGAUGAUGCAAGACAAGCACUAAGGGAUUUUGCCCAGGAAUCGUCAUACAAUGUGGAAAGAGUUCGUUUUGUGUAUAUUUUCCAGGAGAAACAAAUGGAGUUUAUAAAUGCACUAACAAGCGGUGAAGGCGGUCCACUGGAGCCUUCCUUACAUAUUGUUAUCAUAUGGCGGAGAGAUGCAAAUCAUAUUAUGGAUAAAGCAUAA